AUGUCGCCAACGAACUCACCGAGGCUAGUGGACUCUUUCACAGCACCAAAAGAGGUCUUGCAAGAGUUUGCAGAACUUGCAGAGGAGGACAAUGUUGACCCAUUUGCUGAAACAGCCUCCAAACGUCAAAUUGCAGCUAGGCAGUCUGACUACCACAACCGUCGUUUCAACCGGGUCGCACAAGACGGUGUCGACGUCUUCAAGCAGGUGGAUGAGGGUGCAGAGGUAGAGGGCGGCUACAAGGAUGCGAUGAGGUUGGCUAGACUGGAGCAAGAGGAGGCCCGGGUGCGGAGGGCAAUCGAAGAAAAAGAGAGGAAGGAGAGAGAAGAGGGGAAGACGAAAAUGGAUUUGGACAAGACUCCUCCCGCUGCAGAGCUUCAGGACGUCGCAAUGGAACUCGCUGCUGCUAAGGAGUUGGCUGAGGCCCGGGAGCGGGAGGCAGCGUCGGGUGUAAAGCGAAAACGCAGGUGGGAUGUCACUGAGCCUACCGACGAAAACGUAGACCCAAAUAAGCCUGACCAGGGCGAGUGGUCGAAGGACGCACUUGAGGCUUCUGCACCGAAAAAGAGGCGCUCUCGUUGGGACGCGACGCCGGCGGAAAAUAUAGCUGCUGUGGGCGAAACCCCCAAGCGUUCUCGCUGGGACCAAGUUGCCCCCGUACAUGAAGCCCCUAUGACCCAAAUUAUCAUGAAUGCCCCCGGCAUUAUGCACGACGACAAGCACAACCGCUACCUUACGGACGAAGAACUGGACGCCAUUCUUCCGUCUUCAGGGUACGUCAUUGUCACUCCUCCGCCAGGCUAUGCGCCGAUGGUUGCACCUCGGAAGUUGAUGCCCCCAUCUGUAACCGAAGUUGGGGGCUUCCAUAUCCAAGAAUCUUCUGACGCUGCAGCAAUAGCUGCGGCAGCAGGUCUGGCGCCAGAACUUCCCACCGAGAUACCUGGCCAGUACUUUGCCAAGAUCCUCAAAGAGGAGGAUGAGACACAGCUUUCGGUCGACGAAAUGAAGGAACGCAAAAUCAUGCGACUGCUGUUGAAAAUUAAGAACGGCACCCCUCCCGUCCGUAAGACAGCACUUCGCCAGAUUACGGACAAAGCUCGCGAGUUCGGUGCCGGUCCACUUUUCGACAAGAUCCUUCCACUUCUGAUGGAGCGUACGUUGGAGGAUCAGGAACGGCAUCUCCUCGUCAAAGUCAUCGACCGCGUCCUGUACAAACUUGACGACCUUGUACGGCCCUACGUUCAUAAAAUUCUAGUCACGAAGGACUACUAUGCUCGCGUUGAAGGCCGCGAGAUCAUUUCCAACCUCGCGAAAGCGGCUGGCCUUGCACACAUGAUUUCCACCAUGCGCCCAGACAUUGACCAUGCCGAUGAAUAUGUGCGCAAUACCACCGCCCGUGCCUUUUCCGUUGUCGCGUCUGCACUAGGUAUCCCGGCGUUGCUUCCCUUCCUCAAGGCCGUUUGUCGUAGUAAGAAGUCGUGGCAGGCUCGUCACACAGGUGUCCGUAUCGUUCAGCAGAUUGCCAUCAUGAUGGGCUGCGCCGUCCUUCCUCACUUGCGCAGCCUCGUCGGCUGUAUCGCUCACGGACUCACGGACGAACAGCAAAAAGUAAGGACAAUGACUGCCCUUGCUAUCGCUGCCCUAGCCGAAGCGGCUGCACCCUAUGGAAUCGAGUCUUUCGAUGAAGUUCUACGGCCGCUGUGGCUUGGUAUUCGCCAGCAUCGCGGAAAGGGUCUUGCCGCCUUCUUGAAGGCGAUUGGUUUCAUCAUUCCUCUCAUGGACCCAGAAUAUGCUUCGUAUUACACGAAGGAGGUCACGGUCAUCCUGAUCCGUGAAUUCCAGACGUCGGAUGAAGAGAUGAAGAAGAUCGUCUUGAAGGUCGUUAAGCAAUGCGCCGCCACGGAAGGUGUAACUGCCCAAUACAUUAAGCAAGACAUUCUUCCGGACUUCUUCAAGUCGUUCUGGGUUCGUCGCAUGGCGCUGGACAGGCGAAACUAUCGUCAAGUGGUUGAAACGACUGUUGAACUCGCGCAAAAAGCCGGAGUUGCUGAGAUUGUAGGGAAGAUUGUGAACGAGUUGAAAGACGAAGCAGAACCCUACCGUAAAAUGGUCAUGGAAACUAUCACGAAAGUCGUCGCCACUCUCGGUGCCUCCGAUAUCGACGAACGUUUGGAAGUCCGUCUAGUCGAUGGUAUCAUAUACUCUUUCCAGGAGCAGACUACGGAAGAUCAAGUCAUGCUGGACGGGUUCGGUACUGUCGUCAACGCUCUAGGUAUCCGUGUCAAGCCGUACCUUACGCAGAUCGUCUCUACUAUCCUCUGGCGGUUGAACAACAAAAGCGCCAAAGUUCGUCAACAGGCCGCUGAUCUCACCACGCGACUCGCUAUCGUCAUCAAGCAAUGUGGCGAGGAUCAGCUUUUGAGCAAGCUUGGACUUGUAUUGUUUGAACAACUUGGAGAGGAGUAUCCUGACACGCUCGGUAGUAUCAUUGCAGCCGAGGGCGCUAUCGCUAAUGUGGUCGGUAUGACACAAAUGAACCCCCCGGUAAAAGAUCUUCUUCCUCGAAUGACCCCCAUUCUUCGUAACCGUCACGAGAAGGUUCAAGAGGCGUCUAUUAACUUGAUCGGUCGUAUCGCGGAUCGUGGGGCCGAGUUUGUUCCAGCCCGAGAAUGGAUGCGUAUCUGCUUCGAGUUGUUGGAUCUCUUGAAAGCCCACAAGAAAGCCAUCCGUCGCGCUGCUGUCAACUCGUUCGGAUACAUCGCAAAGAGUUUGGGUCCUCAAGACGUGCUUUCAGUUCUCCUUACCAAUUUACGUGUGCAAGAGCGUCAGAGCCGUGUGUGCAGUACGGUUGCAAUCGCUAUCGUAGCUGAAACUUGCGGACCAUUCACGUGUAUACCUGCCAUUCUGAAUGAAUACAGGACGGCCGAGUUGAAUGUCCGUACUGGAUGUCUCAAGGCACUUACCUUCGUGUUCGAAUACGUCGGCCCCCAAUCUGCCUACUACGUAGAUUCCGUUGUCACCAUGUUGGAGGAUGCAUUAACAGAUAGGGACCUCGUUCAUCGUCAAACAGCGAGCGUUAUCGUGAAGCACUUGGCGCUUGGCUGCGCUGGUCUCGGCUGCGAGGACACGAUGCUUCACUUGAUGAACCUUGUGUGGCCGAACUGUUUUGAGACGUCACCUCACGUUAUUGGCGCGGUUAUGGACGCUGUUGAAGCGAUGCGACUAGCAUUGGGUCCCGGUGUACUCCUUAGUUACACGCUGCAAGGUUUAUUCCACCCGGCUCGUAAAGUCCGAGAGGUGUAUUGGCGAAUCUACAAUUCCCUGUAUCUCGGCGCGGCGGACUCUUUGGUGCCAUUCUACCCUGACUUGAGUGAACUGAGUGAGGGUCAAAAUGUAUAUGAUCGGCACCCACUGCAGAUGUUCGUAUGA